AUGUGUUGGGGUGUUCGAGAAUAUUGCGAAAUCUGCCGCGAGGAGACUCAAGUCAACUGGCAAGGCUGCGAAAACGAGACCGAAGCAGAUGAUGGCGGUUACGCUGACGACGUCCAUCCAGAGCCUUACACCCACCCUGGCUUUUCUGAUAUCAAGCCUGUCGUCGACGUCCAAAGAGUUCAAUAUCCCGAACCCGUCGCCUACGAAUCAUAUUCCAAUAUCGAGAACCUCCCUGGUGCUGCCGACGAACUACCUAGUUAUGAGGAUGCCAUGAAUGAACUGGCACUUCACCUUCACUACGACGGCACUUCCAUCCCAGCCAUCGCCUUCUAUCGCGCAACCAGACGUCACCAACAACUCAUGUCUACCGCCGUCACCUACCGCUGCCACAUCAACUUGCACCUUUCCCAAAACCCCCCUCUUACUGCCAUCAGAAUCUUGGAUCUCGCCACCGAAACCAUUGAGACUUUCCUCUUUGAGCAAGAACAGUUGCUCUCUCGUAUCAAUCUACUCCAGAGACAUCUUGAUAUCCUCAAUGCUGAGAUUGCGGCUUUGCCUGAUCCUCACCCUGGAUUGACACUGUUUGAGCAACAGCGUGGAAGUGUUAUCAGGGAGUUGGAGGGUUAUGUGGAGCAAAUGAGUACUAUGGAGACUGCUGCAGAUUGGGGUGCGAGAUUGGAGGAUUUGUUGUGUCAUGUAAGGCGCGAGAAUCAAGCUGCUAGGAUGGAGGAUCUGAGAGACGCUUUUAACGGUUGUCGUUAA